CUCAUUGGCUGACUUCAUCCCCAGCCAUGAAUGCGGCCAUUAGAUUGGCUGCGCCUUCUCGCCAGCUGUACUUCAAAGAACACGCUCGCUACAACUAGGUAGUGUUGGGAGCCGCGAGUCAAGAGAGAAACCGUGUGACCUGAGUCAAACACGGUGAGUCUGAAUCAAAUUGGAGCCCUACAGCAUUGAAAUCGCGAACACUGUCAUCACAGCACAUACCCUGGAUAUGGCAACGUCUAUACUUGGGGAAGAGCCACGGUUUGGAACUACACCUCUAGCUAUGCUGGCUGCAACUUGCAACAAAAUUGGCAACACCAGUCCUCUUACAACUUUACCUGACUCGAGCGCUUUCUCAAAAGGUGGAUUUCAUCCGUGGAAAAGAUCCUCCUCCAGCUGUAACUUGGGAUCCAGUCUGCCCGGUUUCACAGUGGCAACAAGCCGCUCGUCGACAGGACUAACACCGACCAGUGGCACAGGCAACAGUGCCUUUUGCUUAGCCUCCACCUCCCCGACCUCGUCUGCAUUUUCCACAGAGUACAGCGGUCUGUUUUCCAACUCUGCGAGCGUCACAUCUCAAGAAUCUGGACAGUCAGCUUUUAUCUCCAAAGUCCACACAUCAGCAGAGACUCUGUACCCGCGGGUGGGGAUGGCGCAUCCGUACGAGUCGUGGUACAAGUCCGGUUUCCACUCGACCAUCUCUGGCGAUGUUGCCAACGGUGCGUCCUCGUGGUGGGAUGUCCACACUAAUCCUGGCUCGUGGCUCGAUGUCCAGAAUCCUGCAAGCACCCUCCAGACCUCACUGCACUCCGGGACGCCUCAAGCCAUCCACUCCCAGCUGAGUGGCUACAACCCGGACUUCUCCUCGCUGACGCACUCGGCGUUUAGCUCAACUGGAAUCAGCCCCACUGCGUCUCAUCUACUGUCCACCAGUCAGCACCUGUUAACACAGGACGGUUUCAAAACAGUCAUCCCCACUUACACAGACGCUUCUGCCGCCAACGCCAUGAUUUCUGGGGGCAGUUCAGGAAUAACUAGCUCCUCCAGGUCGUCCCGGCGGUAUUCCGGCAGAGCAACAUGUGACUGUCCGAACUGCCAGGAGGCUGAGCGGCUGGGACCCGCCGGGGCCAGCCUGCGCAGAAAGGGACUCCACAGCUGCCACAUUCCCGGCUGCGGUAAAGUGUACGGAAAGACAUCUCACCUCAAAGCACAUUUGAGAUGGCACACCGGCGAGCGGCCUUUUGUCUGCAACUGGCUUUUCUGUGGCAAAAGGUUCACUCGGUCCGAUGAGCUCCAAAGACACCUUCGCACCCAUACCGGCGAGAAAAGGUUUGCUUGCCCGGUAUGUAACAAGCGCUUUAUGCGGAGUGACCAUUUGAGCAAGCACAUCAAAACGCACACGGCCGGUGGAGGAGGAAAAAAGGGGAGCGACAGUGACACCGACACCAGUAACCUGGAGACCCCGAGGUCCGAGUCCCCAGAACUUAUUUUGGAGGGGGUAAAUCCCAGAAUCGCUGUUAAGGAUCCGUCUCCUCACGACGAGCCCUAAUGAGGCUUCACCCAAAAUCAAACCAGAUUCAAAACUGCACAGCAUUGAAAACGGGUCU